GCCAUUUGACAAAGUGAGAUAGAGGCAAGAAUGCUACUGAACGACGACUCAGUGAGCAAUGUUGUUACGGGAACUUCCCUCGCAGUGAUAUUCGGUGCCACUACGGGAUCUUCACUUGCAGUUCUACGAAAUGCAUCUGUUAAGCAAUAUGCUACAUCGACUGCUGUUAACUGCGGAUUGUUUAGUGUGACCUUUUUCAGUAUACGCGAGGCCUUUUUAGCUUUCCAAAGGAGCAAGAAUCCCCAAUUCGGGCUCAAGGAUUCGCAAACGCAGGAUGCUGAUGCUCUCUUCAGUAGUGCGAUGGCAGGUGCAACCACAGGAGGUUUACUCGCUGCUGUAGCUCGUGGCCCGAGAGGUUUGAUUCCAGGGUUCUUUAUGUUUGGUGCGUUUUGUACGACCGGUCAAUUGCUAUACACUGCUGGUUAUCGUUGGAGGCAGAACAUUAUUUUGCGUUCGCAAGAAAACGACCAAAAAUCGAUUGAGUCCCCUAUACAAGUAUCCACUUCAUUACAACGAAACAUCAACAUACCUGCACACUCAACUGUUUACGAUGAUGACGAAAACUUUAAACGAGACACCGCUCAGGAUCGUGAAUGGCGAAAAAACGAAGAUAAGAAGAGCUUAUGGGAUUGGUUUGAAGUACCAAAAUGGUCCCCCAUACGGAAACUGACAGACGAAGAAUAUAAGGCGAUUUUGGAUGCGAAGCUUCGCGAGCUAGAAGCGGAAAUGGAGGAUAUAGAUAGAGAGAUGGGCACCACUAGCAAAUAAAAAAUCUUGCCCAGGUCGUUGUACAAUAGUAACAUUCGUUAGACCCCAUGAAUGCAAUUCUGCAAGUAAUACAAAGAAAACUUUGAUGUUUAUCAUUAC